GGGGAGGCGAGGGACCCAGCGGCGCCGCCACCGGACGCGGCCCGCGACGGGGAGGCGACGGACUGGGCGGCGCUGCCGCUGGACGCGAUCACCUGCGUCCUGCGGAAGCUCGACCACAUCGAGAUCCUCAUGGGGGCCGGGCAGGUGUGCCACUCCUGGCGCCGCGCCGCGCGCGACCACCCCGCGCUCUGGCGCCGCAUCGACAUGCGCGGCCACCCCGACCUCGACCGCCAGCUCAACCUCUACAAGAUGGCGCAGGGCGCCAUACGCCGCGCCCAGGGCCAGUGCGAGGCGUUCUGGGCAGAGUACGCUGCCGACGACGACGUGCUCCACCUCCUCGGCGACCAGGCACCAUCUCUGAAGAGUCUCAGCCUCAUUGCUUGUCAGGAUAUCAUGGAAUUCGAAGAGGAGAUAAAGAAGUUCCCUCUGCUUGAGGAGCUUGAGAUUUCACUCUUCACAAAUAUAGGUGGGAAGCAAGUGUUUGAGGAGAUUGGCAAAGCAUGCCCAGAGCUGAAGCACUUGAAAUUCAAUGCGUACCGGUUCUGCAAUCUCGGUGAUGACACGGACACUGAGGAUGACGAUAAUGAGUUCAGGUAUAACAGGGAUGAUGAUGCUCUGGGGAUUGCAUCCAUGCAUGGGUUGCGCUCCCUGCAGCUCUUUGGCCAAAACUUCACCAAUAAGGGGCUGACAGCCAUCCUUGACAACUGCCCCCACCUGGAGUCCCUCGACAUCCGCCACUGCUUCAACAUCUCCAUGGAUGGUGCUCUGCGGAGAAAAUGUCGUAACAUUAAGACACUCAAGCUCCCCAAUGAUCCAAUGGAUGGCUAUGAUCUUUGCUUUGAGGGCCCUCUCUGGUCAUUUGGCGUCCAGUCUGACAGUGAUGAUUAUGCCUAUGCGCCUGACUACAUCCUGGACUCAGAUGAAUACGAUGACUACUGUGAUCCUUUCCGUUACCUUGACGGUGUCUAUGAGUCCGAGCUCAAUCCAGAAGACCGUAUGUUCCUCAAGGGCAUGCGCAUGUUUAUGAAAGAUUCUGAUGAUGAUGAUUACUGACAUAAAGUUCUUUGUGGUCUAGCUACUGGUGAUGCUAGGGAUCUGUUGGUGCUCGGAUCUCACAUUUGGCUGGAAGGUUCCUUACCUCUUUCAUCGUAGAUCAUGUCUCGUACUUUGUCUUCUGUUCUUUUCGUGUGUUUAUCGAGUAAUUCCAUGAACCAGUUAGCAGUAGAAAGCAUGUGAGCAAUCCCGUGUGGCAAGGUUCUCUACAACUGGAAUAAGUAUUUAGGGAUUCAGCAAGUUUGAGAAUAUGGUUCAUCAUUGUGACAGGAGCUCUAUGGUUUGGGCGCUGCAGUGCUUGUUUGAUGUACCGAAUGUUUCAGUGGAAAACUUCUUUAGAAGUACUGUUAUUU